UAUGUGCGUAUGUGUGCGCGCGUGCGUGAGUGAGUGAGUGAGUGAGUUAGGGAAUAGCGGAAAAAAACCCCCAAAACGUUUCACUUUUCAUAGGUAGUUUUCCGUCAGGGCCGUGCUACAUUCAUUUUAAAGAAGUUUGACAUAUUGGAAACGUUUACUAAACGCAACAUAGCCAGCGCUGGCUAAAUCAAAACACGACAGCGGACUCUAUCGCUUAUUAUUUUGAACAAAGUUUGAUGGAGUCUCCUAGAUUUGUAUCCAGUAACGAUGCUUCAUUUAUGGGAAGUAUAAGACGAUAUCAGCAGGCUCCUUUCUGUAGCGUUAUUUAAAGCAGUAUCUCUGUUUAUGUUUUCCAAUGGCAGCGUGUGCACGUCGGUUCAGCUCCGGCCGCUCGGGGCAAUAGUUCUAGGUUAUGUUUGUGAGAGCAGGCUGCUGGUAACAGUUCAUUGGAAACGUACGGAGGAUACGUUGAACGUGGUGACUAAUCGACUAAAUAGACUAGCUCGGAUGUCUGCUAGACUGGGAAUGAAUGUGUAGAGAGAGUUUUAAGCAAAACGAAUAACAAGCAGUUUCUUUCUACGUCAUGAUGCUGAAGACCCUAACUAAAAAGCUCAGAAGACAUUCCCUCAAUGAAAUUCACCCCUUCCAACUGAAGAUUUCUUACCAUGGCAGUGAGGAGGGUGGCGAGAGCGAUGACUCUGAAGAAGAGAACCAAGAGCUGGCACAGAUCGACAGAGAGCGCAGGAGGAAUUGCGUCCUGACUCCCCUGGCCACCAGCCAGCAGCACAACCAGGGCCUACUCUCGCCGGCCCAUUUGCGGCGCCUGCGUCUGCUGCUGGAGCCAGCACUGGACCGCCACAGCUCCGAGGAAGAGCUGGAGCGCAUCGCGGGCACUGCUGGGGCUACGGUGCCCGAUGCCGGCCGCAAGUGGUCCAGGCACGGUGACCUGAGCAGUGCCUCCAGUGAUGAGGAGGUGAAGGACCUAUGUGAGCCACCCGCCACCCGCCUGCGUGCCACCUCUCCCGGCCCCGUGCUCUUCAGCUCCUCCCCACCGCGGGGCCUCAAGGUGCCUCCUACCGGUGUCGCUGGCCGCCUCGUUGCCCGGCCCAUCAUCCUUAGUCACUUUGAGCAGCCGGCCAUGCCUUACUGGAGACACCGGCCGACGUCUGCCGGAGAACAUGGCCGGCCCAGCCUGGACCUAGAGAAGAUGCAGCAGAAAAUGCUCCUGAAAAAGAACUGUGGUGGGAAAACAAGGACUAUCAAGAUUCGGAACCUGAACAGUAGCCGUCAUCCCCCCAGAUACACCUACGAUCCGUCCAGCUUUGCCUUCCACUCGCUUAGCACGGCUCCCCCCCGCAGUCCUCUGCUCGCCAGUGAAGAGCCUUCCUGUGUUUGAGGGAAAUGCCUGGAAGUGUCUGAAGCAAAACGACAGUUUGAUGGACCAACGCUUCCCACAUUAGGACAAAGACAAAUGUUAUUGUCCCGAACAAAGUCCCUGUGUUGUGAGCUGUUCGCAAAAUGUAGGAGGAAGAUCAGAUGAUCAACAUAGUCCUGCGCUGUCUCACCCUCUCUAGCUCUCUGACCUUAUCUCAGGAAACCCAUUUAAAACUUGUUAGAAUGACAAGGCCAUAGCCACUACACGCAACUGAAAAUGACCUUAUGUUUUAUUGAAAUGGCAUGAUAAACCAGCAUAAUUAGGUCAGUGGCUCUGAGAUAAUGCUUUACAACUGGCCACUUAUCGUAGUUUCAGGUAUAGGCUUGUUUCGUUACCAUUUGACCACAUGCGUCUUGACUAUUUGAAGAUCAGUCAGUGUCUAAACUGAGAGCAUUUGGUUGUUGCUUAGAGACUGAAUGGGACAAAGUAGCAGUGAUGGACUUUAUGGAAGGCGGCUUCUGUCUUUAACAUAAAAUGUACUACCAUCCACAUGAGCACAGAAGCAUUCAUUAGGAGGUACUUUCAUCCACAUGAGCACAGAAGCAUUCAUGAGGAGGUACUAUCAUUUACAUGAGCACAGAAGCAUUCAUGAGGAGGUACUAUCAUCCACAUGAGCACAGAAGCAUUCAUGAGGAGGUACUAUCAUCCACAUGAGCACAGAAGCAUUCAUGAGGAGGUACUAUCAUCCACAUGAGCACAGAAGCAUUCAUGAGGAGGUACUAUCAUCCACAUGAGCACAGAAGCAUUCAUGAGGAGGUACUAUCAUCCACAUGAGCACAAAAGCAUUCAUGAGGACGUACUAUCAUCCACAUGAGCAUGGAAGCAUUCAUGAGGAGACAUUGCACAAUUUGGCAAUAAUCACACAUAAAAGAAAUUCAUAUGCUUAGAUUUCAUCAACAAUCCACCUGUACAAUCAAUAUUAAAUUAUGACUGUAAUCUGAAAAUCAAGAUUCUCUGGUGUCUGCCUUAGUGCUUGCCUAAUGUAUACUGUACUUUGACAAUAAUAGGUAAAUAGACAAAAUAAAAAGGAGUCAUGGUACUAGUCCAGCCUUAGACUUAGCAUUAAGCAUGUGAAUCUGUUGAACAGUUACAAGUUUAAGACAAGUGUUUCAUCAGACAGCAUACUCAAUGUAAUGUGCCUAAACAGAGUGCCAUUGGACUAUGGUAUAUAUGCUCCUUGGCCAUGUUUGAUUGUGUUUGGACUAUGUACAGUUAAGUACCAAAGUCGAUAAGUAAUUCACAUGUUUCUGCACCCUUUGAAUUUAAAAUUUAUUGUUUUGGAAAAAACCAAUAUUGAAUAUGAAACAUGGAAUAUGAAACAUGUUAAUGUGUGCAGUAUAUUGAAUAAGUAAUCACAUUGUGUAAGAUUAAUGUUUUAAUUAACCGUGUACUGUAUUCAACAGAAGAUACCUAACCUUCUGCUAAAUGUAGCCUACAGUUAUAGGGAUCACUGAUUUUCAAAGCAUAGAAUAAUUACAAGGAACUUUUUUUUUUAAGUUAUUAUGCAGUCAGCAAGCAUCUACAUGUAAUAAAUAUGAUCUAUACCUGCAGGUUGGACAGUAUAAACAUGUUUGUUUAAAAAAAGCACAUGCUUUUCUUUUGCCCAUGUUUCAGUGAGGAAUAAAAAUCACUUGGCUCCAGUAA